AUGCACGAUCCCAUCUCGAACGAAGAGCGGGAGGCCUACGUGGCCGCGGUCAAAGCCGCCAGUGUCGCGGACCGCGCAGCCUACAUUGAUGCCCGCGUGGCGACCGUCGAGCUCUUGACGGCCGAGGCGGCCUCUGUCUGCUCAAAGUCAUUCGAUAUUAAUGCCGCCCACUCUGGGUACACGCCGCUACAUCUCGGCGCGCGUUUCGACCGCCUGCCCCUGCUACGCGUGCUCCUCGACCGCGGCGCCGACCCGCGCAUUCCAAUUCCGGGGGGAGAAGCUCUGUGCGCCGCGCGGUCCCGCGUGGCUAACGACCAGCCGUGGCAUUCUAGGGGAACAAUAUUCACCAAAUACCACGAAGUUGUGCAGUCCAUUGAUGCGCGAGUCGGCGAGGGUAUGACGGCUUUAUUAAGGGAUGUCUUAGGGGGCUCGUCCGGGGAAACCCCUGGGGAGGCCGUCAACGAGGCCGUCAACGAGGCGGACGCCGACGGCAACACGGCCCUCCACUGGACCAUGGGCUACAGCCUGCCGAGCGCAACAAAUGCGCUGCUGGCCCUGGGCGCGCGCGCCGACGCCCAGAACCACGCCGGCGAGGUGCCCACCGAGGGCACCGUCCCGACGACCACGCGCACCGCCGCCGUCUUCCGGGAGUAUGACUGA